AUGGCUAUCAAUAAAACUCCUGGAAUACGUGUGUGUGUCGAUAGAGGAGGAACUUUUACCGACUGCAUUGCAUUUGUUCCGCAUACUAUUCAUCCGGACUCACCCGACUGCAAUCCUGCUCCUGGAUUUAGGCAGAUCGUUGUUAAACUUCUUUCUGUAGAUCCUACAAACUAUGAUGAUGCUCCUAGAGAGGGAAUUCGUCGUAUUUUAGAACUGGCUACUGGAAACCCACAUCCUCGUGGCACUCUCGUCGACACCUCGAAACUUGAACUUAUUCGUAUGGGAACUACUGUUGCAACAAACGCUUUGCUUGAGCGAAAAGGAGAAAGAACUGCUCUUUUGAUCACAAAAGGGUUUAAAGAUCUACUUCACAUUGGCAACCAGAGUCGUCCCAACAUCUUUGAUUUGUCCAUCAACGCCCCUAAUGUUUUGCACGAACGUGUUGUUGAGGUUGACGAGAGGGUUACUCUUGUCGGAUACUCUUCUGUUAAAUCUGGAAUGAAUGUAAGCAUACCUCCAAAUGACGCAUCUUAUGUGAAAGGUGUUACUGGGGAAUGGGUCCACAUUCUAAAAAAGCCAGAUAUGCAGAGUAUCAAAUCUGAAUUGCAAGCUAUUCUUGAUGACGGAAUUACAAGUGUUGCCAUCUGCCUGAUGCACUCGUUUACCUAUCCAAAUCACGAAAAACAACUUGGCGAGUUGUGUCAAUCACUUGGAUUCAAAAGUGUCACUAUUUCUUCUGCAACAAUGCCUAUGAUCAAAAUUGUUCCUCGUGGUACAUCAGCCUCUGCUGAUGCAUAUCUUACUCCUUGUAUCAAGAAGUAUAUUGCUAGCUUCUUUUCUGGUUUCGAUAGUGGCAUUCUCCCCACCACUGAUCGAUCAGCAUCUUCAGUACGUGUCGAGUUUAUGCAAAGCGAUGGUGGUCUAGUACAUGUCAAUGAUUUUAAUGGUUUUAGAGCAAUUCUAAGUGGUCCAGCUGGUGGUGUCGUUGGCUAUGCAAUGACUAGCUGGGACGAUCAGAACAGUAAAGCGGUGAUUGGGUUUGAUAUGGGAGGAACAAGCACAGAUGUAUCGCGGUAUGCUGGUAGAUACGAGCACGUUUAUGAAUCUACUACUGCUGGCGUUACAAUUCAGGCACCACAGCUUGAUAUCAACACUGUUGCAGCUGGAGGUGGUUCGCAGCUAUUUUUCCGAAAUGGCAUGUUUGUUGUUGGCCCAGAAAGUGCAAGUGCCGAUCCAGGUCCAACGUGCUAUCGCAAAAACGGUCCAUUAACCAUCACUGAUGCCAAUCUUAUACUUGGUCGUUUGGAACCAGAGUUUUUCCCAAAAAUAUUUGGAAAAUCUGAAAAGGAACCACUGGAUACAGCAGCGACCGAAAAGGCAUUUACUCAACUUUCAAAAACCAUUAAUGCGUUUCUCAAAAAAACACACAUCAGUGAUGGUCGCUCUGCAAAGUCAUUCGUUCCCAUGUCUUUAGACGAGAUUGCAUUUGGAUUUAUCAAGGUUGCCAAUGAGAGCAUGUGUCGUCCUAUUCGUGCAUUGACCGAGGGAAAAGGAUACAAUGCUUCCAACCAUAUUUUGGCUUGCUUUGGCGGAGCUGGAGGUCAACAUGCUUUUGCAAUUGCAAGAUCUCUUGGAAUCAAGAUGGUUUUGAUUCAUCGCCACUCGUCCAUUUUGUCUGCAUAUGGAUUGUCAUUGGCCGAUGUUGUUCAUGAAGUUCAAGAGCCAAGCGCAAUAGAUCUGUCUAAUGAGACUCUUGAUCAUAUCAAAAAGCGCGCUUCUUUUCUUGCGUCAGCGUGUACUCAAACGUUAAAGGAUCAAGGGUUUGAAGACUCGCAUAUUCAGAUACAAAUCUAUCUCAACCUUCGUUAUCAAGGAACAGACAAUGCCAUCAUGACUCCCAAGCCAUCUGCACAGGAUGACUGGAGUUUUAGUGACACUUUUGUGUCACAGUAUAUGCAGGAGUUUGGAUUCACUUUACCUGAUCGACAUAUUCAAGUAGACGAUAUUCGUGUGCGUGGUGUUGGCAAGAGUGCUGCCACUGGAUCUUCUGUCAACCACACACUUGUUCAUCGUGAGAUAAAGACGCUUGAACGAAAUCCUGCCAAUGUUGAAAAGGCAACAUCGACCAUGUCAUUCUGGGAAGGUCUUGGACGCGUUAAAACGCCAAUAUUCCAACUUUCACAUUUAUCAAAGGGCGAUGAAGUGACUGGGCCAGCAUUGAUAAUCGAUGCCACUGCUACAAUUGCCGUUGAACCUCAUUGCAAAGCCGUUGUGACUUCAGAGCAUGUUGUUGGAUUUAUUGAAGAGGCACCUGUAAUGAAAUCUAAUGACGAUGCGACCGUGGGCGAUACUAUUGUGCCGAUUGUUUGCGAUCCCAUUUUGUUAAGUGUGUUUGGACAUCGUUUUAUGAGUAUUGCCGAACAAAUGGGUCGCACGCUCCAAAAAACCUCCAUUUCAACAAAUAUUAAAGAGCGAUUGGAUUUCUCAUGUGCGCUGUUUGGACCUGAUGGUGGUCUUGUAGCAAAUGCACCCCACAUUCCUGUUCAUUUAGGAUCGAUGCAGGAGGCUGUUCGAUGGCAAAUGACACAUCUUAAGGGGCAGAUAAAUGACGGUGAUGUCUUGGUGACCAACCAUCCAACUUCUGGUGGAUCUCAUCUUCCAGAUAUUACUGUAAUUACUCCUGUGUUUGAAAAAGAAAAAAUUGCGUUGUUUGUUGCUAGUCGUGGUCAUCAUGCUGACAUUGGUGGCAUUCAGCCUGGAUCCAUGCCUCCAAACUCAUGCGAGUUGUAUCAGGAAGGUGCCGCCAUCAAAAGCUUCAAGCUUGUUCAAAAUGGUCAUUUUGACGAGGCAGGCAUUACCAAAAUCCUUCUUGAGGAUCCUGCUCAAUUCGAGGGAUGCAGUGGUACACGUGCUCUCCGUGAUAAUAUCUCAGACUUGAAAGCCCAAGUUGCUGCCAAUCACAAAGGCAUCACUCUUGUUUCAAGCCUAAUCAAGGAAUAUGGAAUUCAUAUUGUUCAAGCAUAUAUGGGUUUUAUCAGAGAGAAUGCCGAGCUUGCUGUGCGUAAUCUUUUUCGUACUACAGCCAAGCAGUAUGGCAAUGUGCUUGAAGCAGUCGAUUAUAUGGACAAUGGAUCUCCUAUUCAUUUGAAAAUUACUAUUGACUCACAAAGUGGAUCUGCUGUAUUUGAUUUCAAUGGCACGGGUGUUGAGGUAUAUGGAAAUAUCAAUGCUCCACGAUCUGUUACUUACAGUGCCAUCAUCUACUGUCUUCGAUGUCUGAUUAAUAUCGAUAUGCCGCUGAACCAAGGCGCGCUUGCACCUGUGAAUGUUGUCAUUCCAGAAGGAUGCAUGCUGAACCCAUUUGAAAGUGCAGCAGUGGUGGGCGGCAACGUGCUCACUUCCCAGCGAUUAUGCGAUGUGAUUCUCAAGGCGUUUCAAGCGUGUGCCGCUUCACAGGGAUGCUGCAACAACUUUACUUUUGGAAUGGGUGGAAAAAGUGAAAAGGGUAAAGUUGAAGAUGGGUUUGGGUACUACGAAACGAUUGCUGGCGGUGCAGGUGCAGGACCUACUUGGAAUGGACGAAGUGGUGUUCAUACUCACAUGACUAAUACUCGCAUUACCGAUCCCGAAAUUAUGGAGCGCAGAUACCCUGUAAUUUUGCAUCAAUUUGGACUUCGUAGUGGAUCUGGAGGCAACGGACUUUAUCAUGGCGGAGAUGGUAUCAUUCGUGAGAUUGAAUUUUUGGAAACACUGCAGGUGUCAAUACUUUCCGAGCGUAGAGUGUUUCGCCCAUACGGUUUAAAUGGGGGCGAGGAUGGUCAAGCUGCCAUAAAUAUACUUUUACGCGCUGGAAAAACCUUGAGUGAUGGAUCUCGGGAGUACCGUCAUCUUAACUUUGGCGGGAAAAACUCGACCAUAGUAAAGCGCGGCGAUCGAAUUCGUAUUUCCACUCCUGGCGGUGGAGGCAAGUAA